AGUCAGGCGCCGCUUCUCCCCGCUCCGCCGCCUCCGCCAGCUCCCCGCCGUCGCUGCAGCUCACCCCGCCGGCAUGUCUCAGGCUGAGUUUGACAAAGCUGCUGAGGAGGUUAAGCACCUCAAGACCAAGCCAGCAGACGAUGAGAUGCUGUUCAUCUACAGCCGCUACAAACAAGCAACUGUGGGUGACGUAAAUACAGAACGGCCUGGGAUGUUGGACCUCAAAGGCAAGGCCAAGUGGGAUGCCUGGAAUGAGCUGAAAGGAACGUCCAAGGAAGACGCCAUGAAAGCUUACAUCAACAAAGUAGAAGAACUGAAGAAAAAAUAUGGCAUAUAGGGACUGGGUUUGGCUGCCAGCCAUGCAUGUUAUCUAAGCUGAUAAUCAUGCCUUGUUUUUCUAAUUCCACAGAUGAAGUGAAAUAAUGACGUUAACCCCUUCCUGAACACUGUCCAGGAUACCACUCUAACAGAUUAAGGAGUGGAAAUGGUUACUCACCUUGCUGAGUAGUUUUUAUCUAUAGAUCAAUUAAAACUGCAUUUGGUACUUUAA